UACUCUUCGAAGCUGCAGAAGAUCUACAUAGAUAUAGACAAGGUGCUCCUGAUGCAGUUCAGACUGAACAGAGUGGACGUGAAGGGACUGAGUGUGCGCACUCUGCUAGUCUACACUGACCCAGACCACGCCACGCUGGCUGUCAACCGGUGCACGCUGCAUGUGUUCAAGUGUGAUCCGAACCGUCUGGCACACGCGGACCCCUUGCAAUGCCAGUGCUCUGCGUUCGAGCAAUGCGGCCACGUGGUGACCAGCGACCACCCUCAGGCCCGCUACGAGUUCGACACCACCAGUGGUCGCCACAGUGUGCUCGUGCCGAUGGACACCACUCCGGUCGCCUACCAGUUCGGCUGCAAGACCUCAUGUGCGGCGGGCAUGAGUCGGCGACCUGUGCAGUUGGUAUUCACGCUCGAGAGCCAGUUCGGAGAAGUUGUGGGUCGAGCCCGUGUGCCGGUCAAGAUCUGCAGUUGUCGAAGCGUGACAAGGACAGAGAGGAGAGCGGCGAGGGGGGUGACGGAGAGAGAGUGGCAAACCAAGGCGUCAGCCCUGCAUUCGCUGCACGCUAAGAAACGCAAGCUGACGCAUCAGCCUGGUGCCGGCAGUAAGCUGAUGACUCUCAACGAAUCAACCAAG